CAGUGUUAGUGGUGUUAGUGUUAGUGGUGUUAGUCAGCAGAGCAGCACAGGACAGGAGGGACAGGACGCCUAUACGGUUGAUUCACUCGAUUGUUUACAGGAAUGAGGUGUAAAAAUAAUACGUUGUAGCUAAUACACGUACUUAACUGGUUAAAAGGUUUCAACAAUCUGUGCACAAGUAUGGGUUGUUGUUACAGUUUCUGCAAAGAGGACAACAGCCCGCAGAGCGGGGAGGUAAAUGAAAGGACACACUUGCUGGUAGAUCCUGUCAGUAAUAAUACAACGAUACCUAGAGUACACAGUGAUGAUUACGUUAACCAGUAUGCAAGUUCAGCACCCAAGAAAACAGAUGAACAAAGUGCAUUGAAUAGAAUUUUACACGAGACUGCUGCCAACGUGAUAGACGUCGGAGCAUUAGAUUCACAUAAUUUGGAACAACAUGAAUAUAUGGAUAGGUCCCGCGCAUAUUCCAAACGGAUAGAAGCUGGAGGUAUCAAAGUCCCUGCUGAUAGUACGUCAUGCCUGCUUAGAGAUAUUCCUGCUCCGGAAAAAGUAUUAGCAGCAGAUCCCCUUGCUGCUGGAGACUAUGGGCUGAUUACAGAAAUGCUUGGUAAGGCUAUGACUGCGUUAGAGGACGUAAAAGUUGAACACAAAGAGGAUUUGGUAGUUCCUUUCUUGUCGUGAUCUUUUGGAAUUUCCUCGGCAGGCUCGUAUCCUGCUUGAGUGAAAUCGUAUUAAGUAUCGCGUGACGUUGGAGGAACAUGUUUACAUGUUUCCAAAAUCAGUUUUCGAUAAGUUAGUCUAAGUCGUCUGGAUUUGCAACAGAUUUCUGAACUCAAAUACAAAUAUAAAUUAAGCAUUGUAUUGUGUACUGUAUAGAUGAAAGUUACUACGAUCGGGGAAUGGUAUUACCUCUCAAUAACAACUGUGUUAAAAAUGGCUUGACAAUUUAUGGAUGUACAAGAUGAUAAUUUUAAAGUCAGUUACAAAUUGAGAUGUGAGUUUCGAAACGAUGACUUUUGAAAAAGCGAGCUGAAUUUGGUAGCAGUUUCCCAGGAAUUGUAUGAAAAACUGUAAAAAGUUAAUCCACUGUUAUUACUCUUCACUGCUAAUGUGUAUAUUGAGGAAAGAACGAUAUAAAACGGCUAUUUAGUCAUAAUUUAAUAAAUGCAAUUGUAACACACAUUUAUAGUUUUUCGCACAUACAGAAUGCAAACCGUUAAGUUUUACCGAAGUAACGAAUAACAAUUCUUUUUAGUAAAUAUGUUUUAUAAAUUUAUACUGAGACAAUGUCUCAUACGUACACAAACUGCAUUAUGAUACGUGACAUAUAGGUAGAUUCAGCAGUCACAUAGAUGAUGGUCGACGUUCACAACAAGCGACUGGAAACAUUUUUCCGCAUUACUUAAACUAUGCUUCAUACCCUUACUUUCGUGUGUAAAAUUUUGUGUGUACGAGAAAAUGUUUUAUAGAGUAACAACCAAACGUGAAUUUCUAAUUGAGACAUACAUUUCUGAUAUGAAUUAUGUAGUUCUAUAAUCAAUGUGUGAUAUUACUUACCGAUUGCCAGUGUACACGUUUUGUGUUUAUCACAAUCUCUUGUUACUUUUAUGUAUUUUCUUAACUGUCAUACAAAUUGUUGCUUUAUUACAAAUGCUUGUUGAGGUACAUGUAAUCUGCAAAUGUAAUGAAUCAAAAUCUCAUAUUACUUUACGAAUUUAUGUUAAGUAAAAUUAAUUAUAGUCGGCAAUAAAAGGAGGUUGAACGUUG